GAUCGCAUGAAAUUCAAGGAUCAUAUGCAAUAGAUUUAUAUCGUUCUUAAUCUGAAAUUUAGGUUUGUUGAUUUAACUUGCUGAUUAUGUUUGCCUGCAUGAUACGUUUCUCUUUCGUGUUCGCUAUAAUAUAUUAUGCAUAUUGAUCAACGAUCGUUAGAAAGCAAAGAAAAUCUAUGCGCCUUCUGAUUUACCUGCUUUAUGGAUUCAAUUUGUUGAUCAGUUAGAUAUGGCCUUUGUAAUUAUUUAAUGUAUUCCGAUCUUGUGAUUUUUUUCUUCUUUUUUGUUAUGUUGAUUCGUACAGCAAUCCGACAAAAAUCCUUUUUGUUUUCUGGAAUUUCAAACCAGUUUUUCAAUUAUAAAAAUUUGUGCUGAAGAAUAACAUAUUUAGUUUUGCAACUCCAGAAGGUUUUUGUUUAAUCAACUGCUUAGCUUGAUUGGCCGAUCCAUUCUCGAAGUGGUAAUAUCAUGCAGCUUGUGGAUUUGAGGUUUCCUUUUCGGUUGUUCAUAAAAAUAUUUAUUUUGAAAUAAUCUGAAAGUCCUUGAUUUUUUUGGCUUGAAAACAGAACAACUUUUUUAAUCGAUCAUACCAUUACCAACCAUAACUUGUUAAAUACACGAAAAUCGAAUAGGGGUGGUUUUUGUGACAAAGGAGUGUUUUGUAGUUGGUAAAUAGGCUUAGUUGAUUAUUCGGGUGUCCUUAUAAGUGGCUUUUAUGAUGAAUACCUCAAAUGACAACUUCUCUGGUGUUGGAGUGGUACCGAGGAAUAUUAGUUAUUAACAGCAAGAAAAGCUUCCGUGUUCUUGUCUUAGAGAUUUAACUGAGUGUGCAUAGGACGAACAGACGAAUAUUUGUUUUCAACCGUCAAGUGAACAUCUGGUUGUUAUGUAAUGUUGAAGAAGACCUCCUAAAACAUUUCAUAUUGGAUAAAGCUUAUAUUGUUUAAGGAUUUGGUUUUAGGUGUUAUUAUGCAGUUUGUAGUUCCAGUUAUGCUGGUAGAAUUUGACCCGUUAAGAUGACUCUUUGGUCCACCAAAAUCAUAUGAAUUGAAUCAGUGCCAAACAACAUUAGAGAAUCCUGGAAAAUUAGGGAUGACUCAAUUCUCUAGAAUUGGUUAAGUUCCGGCAAAUAUUAAUUUAAUUGGGUGUUCCUCUUUUGGUUUCUAUGAUGUAUUAUUAUGUUAAAGCUGCGAGGAAUCAUGUUCUUAUAUAAGAAAGUUUGUGGCAGAUAAAGCAUCGUCUUUAAUGGAUUCCAUGCCUGGAAGCCAUUUCAGUUCAUUAAGUGAAGCUAGUCUUACCACAUUUGAGAUGUAAUAAGAACUAGGGUAAAUCAGGUUCCGCGUCCACCUGCAAGGUGAUUUUAUGAUAAUUGCAUGUAUCAUACUGUAAGAAUUGUGAAUGCGGAGAUCAAGAUGAAAUAAAAUAAUCGGGGGAGGCCGAAAGUCAUGGUAGUUUUCUUAUUGGUACAACAGUCCAUCAUCCCAAGAUGGCAGAUGCUCAUGAUACUGACAAGAACAUUGAGAUUUGGAAGAUUAAGAAGCUUAUCAAGGCACUGGAAGCUGCUCGAGGCAAUGGAACUAGCAUGAUUUCUCUCAUUAUGCCUCCACGUGAUCAAGUAUCUCGGGUGACAAAAAUGCUUGGAGAUGAAUUUGGAACCGCUUCAAACAUAAAGAGCAGAGUGAAUCGUCAGUCAGUUUUGGGUGCAAUAACAUCUGCCCAGCAAAGGCUCAAACUCUACAACAAGGUUCCUCCAAACGGGCUUGUGCUUUACACUGGAACCAUUGUUACUGAAGACGGGAAGGAAAAGAAGGUUACAAUUGAUUUUGAGCCCUUCCGACCCAUUAAUGCGUCCUUGUAUCUUUGUGAUAACAAAUUCCAUACAGAAGCUCUGAAUGAACUACUAGAGUCUGAUGAAAAGUUUGGUUUUAUAGUCAUGGAUGGGAAUGGAACGCUGUUUGGAACAUUGAGUGGUAAUACUAGGGAGGUACUUCACAAGUUCAGUGUUGAUCUCCCAAAGAAGCAUGGAAGAGGAGGACAAUCUGCAUUGCGAUUUGCUCGUUUGCGAAUGGAGAAGAGGCACAACUAUGUCAGGAAGACUGCAGAGCUCGCAACACAGUUCUUUAUCAAUCCUGCAACUAGCCAGCCAAAUGUUUCAGGACUCAUACUAGCAGGAUCCGCAGACUUCAAAACGGAACUUAGUCAAUCAGAUAUGUUUGAUCCCCGUCUUCAGGCAAAAAUCUUAAAUAUCGUAGAUGUUUCUUAUGGAGGUGAGAAUGGAUUUAAUCAGGCUAUAGAGUUGUCGGCUGAGAUCCUUGCAAAUGUUAAGUUUAUACAGGAGAAGCGGUUGAUAGGCAAGUACUUUGAGGAGAUCAGUCAGGACACUGGGAAGUAUGUUUUUGGUGUGGACGACACCAUGAAGGCUCUUGAGAUGGGUGCUGUUGAAACGCUCAUCGUGUGGGAAAAUCUGGACAUCAACAGGUAUAUUCUUAAAAAUAACAUAUCAGGUGAGGUGAUCAUAAAGCACUUGAAUAGAGAGCAAGAAGUUGAUCAAAAGAACUUCAGGGAUUCAACCACCAAUGCAGAGUUGGAAGUUCAGGAAAAGAUGUCUUUGCUCGAGUGGUUUGCUAAUGAGUACAGGAAGUUUGGUUGCACACUUCAGUUUGUCACCAACAGAUCACAAGAGGGAUCUCAGUUUUGCAGAGGUUUCGGUGGAAUUGGGGGAAUCCUUCGUUAUCAGCUUGAUAUGCGAGCAUUCGAUGAACUCUCUGAUGAUGAUAUCUAUGAAGAUUCUGAAUAGCAAUCAAUCAACAUUUACACGCCGGUGCAGGGGAAUGCCACAAAAUCCCUGCAUCGGGCGGGGGCUCUCGCACAUGCAUCAGCUGCUCCUCUGUUGUUAACUGUUCAUGGAUCUUGCUUUGAGGGCGUUGGAGAAAGCAUUUCUCCAAGUGGAAGAAGUGGCAGCGAAUCUGGUUAUUCUGUAUGGAAGUGCAGAGCUCAACAAAUGACUUGUCUGAAUGAAGAAGGCAUGGAGAAGAUGUGUCUGAAAGCCUUCUAGAUUUGCUUAUGAAGAAGCAGCCUUUCUUUGGCUAAUAAUAUGUUAUGAUAUUUUAUAUGUAUCGUCUUAAUUCUGCUAAUAAAUCGCUGCAUGAGCAUCAUAUCAUGUAGACGUUGUACUACUUGAUUACAAUCCUAUGUUUCCUUGACAAUGGUAAAGACUGGUUAUAUA